CUAUGCGUUUAGACAAUUGCUUGGAAUGCGCGCAUGUUAACUGUACAGUGGCGCUAGUUCCAAGUUUUUCUCUCAAGUUUCACCCCACACACAGGAACAAAAUGUUUUAUCAUAUAUCCUUAGAGCAUGAAAUUCUUCUUCAUCCCCAAUACUUUGGGCCCAACUUGCUGAAUACUGUCAAAAAGAAACUGUUCACAGAGGUUGAAGGAACAUGUACUGGAAAGUAUGGCUUUGUAAUUGCCGUGACGACAAUCGAUAACAUCGGGGCUGGGUUAAUACUUCCCAGUCGAGGGUUUGUCAGAUAUCCAAUCAAGUACAAAGCCAUUGUCUUCAGACCCUUCAAAGGGGAAGUUGUUGAUGCAGUCGUCACACAAGUCAACAAGGUUGGUCUUUUCACUGAGAUUGGGCCGCUAUCAUGUUUCAUCUCAAAACAUUCCAUUCCAGCAGACAUGGAGUUUGAUCCCAAUUCCAUUCCACCAUGUUACAAGACAAAAGAUGAGGAUGUUGUUAUACAGCAGGAUGAUGAAAUCAGACUCAAGAUAGUCGGAACGAGGGUAGAUGCAUCUGAUAUAUUUGCAAUCGGCACCCUGAUGGACGACUACCUAGGUCUCGUCAGCUAGCUCACCAUCAAUUCGUUAUGGACAAUUUUGUAUGUGGGUGUGUAUGGUAUGAUUCACACAAUUACUGAUGGCUACCAGCGAUGAUGUAAGAUCUCUACAUGUACAUACAAAGAGGAGUACAUACAUCAAAGCUUUACCAGUGUGGUUGAAGAGACAGGUGAUUAUCAUCGGAGGAUAAUCCUUUACCCUAAUCCCCUGGAUAUUCUGGUUGGGAACCAUUAAAAACUCAUAUCCUUCAGCAGAGAAUGUAAUGGACCUUCUGUGUGUGAUGGAUUUACCCUAUUUACCCUAGGCAGGGUGUGUUUGGUUCAACUGGUUGGUAACGAUUCCUUCAACCUUGGGGGCAAAAGAAAUAUAAGGAUUUUGAGGGAUUUGAUGUAAGUUCUGUUCAGUGCCAUUGCUAAACUGCCACGUCGUGGAAUGUGCAGGAUUUCCUCAAUUGAGAGGGCUCAAAACAUUUCCUUGGAGAUCAAAGGAUACAUUGUCGAUAGUUCAACUCUAACUUGAACAUGAGAUUUGAAAGAGUGUAGUUUCUAGAACAACCAACACCUAUUCCUUGUUAAUGGUACGUGUAGGUUUUAACUUCGCUAAGCAGUCGUAGUUUUAGAGUUCUUUUACUAACACUGCAAGAUGAUGAAGGUGUAAUUCCUGUGACAAAAUUGUCCAGAUGUUUGAGUUUUCAGGGUUCAAGCUUUACACAAGACCAGGGCCAGUUAUCUUAUGACUGGACAAGUCUAGCAGUCUUGUGUUUUUUUAAUAUUAUUACCUCACCUUGGGUGGAUUUUACAAAGAGUUGAGACUAGUCUUAUCUCCAGUUAGGACAAGUUUCUCAGCCUAACUUGGAACUAGUCUUGAAUUUUUAAUAUCUCCUUGGACUGGUCCUCAGUUAGGACUCUAAUUCUGAUGAGUGUGAAAGUAUUACCCAUAAGUCAAAUGAGAUAAGUCUUCUACUUGUGUUCAACCAAGCACAAUUUUGAAACUGUAGAUAUUUUAUUAUAAUAUUGAUCUUGUAACAAAUUUUGUGAUAGGUAAAAUGUUUGAGCCGUAAUUAAAAAAAACAGUGUUUACUUGCUGAGAAUACAGCCAAAACCUGACGCGGCAUUUUCACAAGAACUUGGAAUCCAUUUACAUUCAGUGAGGUGACAGCAGGUAUCAACUGCAUCUCUGGCUGCAUGCAGCAUUUGGAAACAAACACCAUCCCUUAGAAAUCUGAGAAACGAUUCAUGCCUGACUAUUCAGUGACAACUUUCAAAAUAAUUUAUGAAAAAUAACCUAAACUUAUGAUAAAAACAUUACUUUGAAUUAUGCACAUACCCUUAUUAUGUAAAAUGAAACGGCAUAAAUAAAUACGUUUGAAACCUUUUUUCAUGA